CUCGCUUAGAGCGGCGGCUCGCUUUUUGAAUUGGGGCCGGCGGCGGCCGCUCAUGGUGCUUGGGAGAGUGUGCGGUUGCGGUUUUGACGAUAAUGCACUUGGUGCCUCCAUGAGGCUUUCCGGUGAUGGCAAGGAACCCUUUCUCUCUCUGUGUGAUAAGGACUGCAUAACAGAAAUUGCCCAGCAAGACAGGCCUGAGGAACUCCAACACUGCUGAAGAGAAAAACACAGACUUGAUCAUGACUGACAGCAGUAUGCUAGUGACUGACACCGGAAGGAGUCUUUUGGGAGAUUCUUCUGUUCUUGAUUCAAAAAUUAUAGAAACUUCCAAGGAGAAUUUAUUUAUUGGAUUGGUUUCAGAUGUAGAAGAGGAAAUGCCUCAGAUUGAAACCAGAGUGGUUUUAGUUCAAGAAGCUGGGAAACACGAGGAACUCUUGAAAGCCUUGGAGACCGUUAAGAUAAUGGAAGUCCCAGUUAUAAAGAUAAAGGAAACUAGUCCUGGUAAAUCGGAAGAAAAACUAAUAAAAAGUAUAAUUCAUAUGGAAAUUAAAGUGCCCUAUAUAAAGAUGGAAUCGGUGGAAGAGUUUGGGGAGUCUGAGUCUCCAGAAUUUGAGACAGUCUUCGUUGUAGCAGACUUUCAAGAUUCCAUCUUGGAGAACUUGUGCAAGUUUGACUGUCGUGUUCUUGGACCUCCAAUAGUACUUCAUUGUGCUCAAAAAGGAGAGCCUCUACCUUUUUCAUGUCGUCCAUUGUACUGUGCAAGUAUGUUGAAUCUGGUGCUGUGCUUUACAGGAUUCAGGAAGAAAGAAGAACUAGUUAAGCUGGUGACCUUGGUUCAUCAUAUGGGUGGAAUUAUUCGAAGGGACUUCAGUUCAAAAGUUACACAUCUGGUGGCUAAUUCUACACAAGGAGACAAAUUCAGACUUGCUGUGAGUCUGGGAACUCCUAUUGUGCAAGCCGAGUGGAUUUACAAGGCUUGGGAGAGAAGGAAUGAAAUUGACUUCUGUGCAGCUGAUGAGGAAUUCAGAAAUGAGUUCAAGGUUCCCCCAUUCCAGGACUGCAUGUUAAGUUUCCUUGGAUUUUCCGAUGAAGAGAGAAUUAACAUGGAAGAAAUGACAAAAAUGCAAGGUGGGCAGUACUUGCCAGUUAGUGAUGACAGGUGCACACAUCUGGUUGUUGAAGAAAAUACAGUAAAAGAUCUCCCAUUUGAGCCUCCAAAAAAACUUUAUGUUGUAAAGCAAGAGUGGUUCUGGGGAAGCAUUCAGAUGGAUGCCAGAGCAGGAGAAUCCAUGUACUUAUUUGAAAAGCCAGAGAGUCCUGAACUCAAAAAGUCAGUGUCACAACUUUCCCUGAAUACCCCAAAUAGCAAUCGCAAGAGACGUCGCUUGAGAGAGACCCUUGCACAGCUCACCAGAGAAACUGACACGUCACCAUUCCCUCCUCGGAAACGCCCAUCAGCUGAGCAUUCCCUUUCUAUGGGGUCUUUACUGGAUAUUUCUAACACACCAGAGUCCAGCAUUACCAAUGGAGAAACGCCAAAAUCAUGUUCAAAGCCUUCCAAAAAUUCAACUCCUCUGCCUGCAAAGCAGUCUGCAAGAUGGCAGGUUGCAAAGGAAUUAUAUCAGACAGAAAGUAACUACGUUGAUAUUCUGACAACAAUUAUUCAGUUAUUUCAAAUUCCAUUGGGAAAAGAAGGGCAGCUUGGGGGACCAAUCCUUGCACAGGAGGAAAUUAAGACCAUAUUUGGCAGCAUUCCAGACAUCCUUGAUGUGCACACUAAAAUAAAGGAAGACCUUGAAGACCUUAUGAUAAACUGGGCUGAAAGCAAAAGUAUUGGUGAUGUCAUUCUUAAAUAUUCAAAGGACUUGUUGAAAACAUACCCUCCUUUUGUGAACUUCUUUGAAAUGAGCAAAGAAACUAUUAUGAAAUGUGAAAAACAGAAGCCACGGUUUCAUGCUUUCCUAAAGAUAAAUCAAGCUAAACCAGAGUGUGGCCGUCAAAGCUUGGCUGAACUACUCAUUCGACCAGUUCAACGGUUACCUAGUGUUGCUUUACUUCUAAAUGACCUUAAGAAACAUACAGCAGAAGACAACCCAGACAAAGGCAUGCUAGAGAGAGCCAUUGAAUCAUUAAAGGAAGUGAUGACACACAUUAAUGAAGACAAAAGGAAAACUGAAGCACAAAGACUGAUCUUUGAUGUUGUGUAUGAAGUUGAUGGAUGUCCAGCCAAUCUCUUGUCAUCUCACCGAAGCUUAGUUCAGCGAUUGGAAACAGUUGCACUUGGCGAUGACCUUUGUGACAGAGGAGAGCAGGUCACGCUCUUUCUGUUUAAUGACUGUCUAGAGAUUGCAAGGAAACGGCACAAAGUUAUCAGUGCUUUCAAGAGCCCCCAUGGCCAGACCAGACCCCCAGCAUCUCUCAAACACAUUGUUCUCAUGCCUCUUUCACAGAUCAAGAAAGUGCUAGACAUCAGGGAGACAGAAGACUGCCACAAAGCUUUUGCCUUGGUUGUGCGGCCACCAACAGAACAGAACAACUUGUUGUUCAGUUUUCAGAUGACGACUGAGGAGCCUCCUAAAGAGGAUUGGCUGAAGAUGCUGUGUCGGCAUGUAGCGAACACAAUUUGUAAAGCAGAUGCUGAAAACCUUAUUUACACUACUGAUCCUGAUUCAAUUGACGUAAAUACGAAAGAUGUGGACAGUACGUUGAGUAGGGCAUCCAGGGCAAUAAAGAAAACAUCAAAAAAGGUUACAAGAGCAUUCUCUUUCUCCAAAACACCAAAGAGAGCUCUUCGAAGGGCUUUAAUGGCACACAAUACAGUAGAAGGAAGGAGUCCCUGCUCAGUUAGUGAGAGAUACUUGGGCAGCCGCCUGACCAGUACAUCCUCAUUAGCAGGUAUCCCUUCUCCUUCCUUGGUCAACCUUCCCUCAAUGUUUGCAAAGAGGAGUCAUACCUUAAGUCGAUCAACAACCCACUUGAUAUGAAGUAGGCUUAAAAUGAACUACUAUGUUGUAAUGACUGACAAGCAACUGGCUGUUCAGAUGACCUGUUACUGACAUUAAUGGUACUUCAGUCAUUGUCACUUAGUUGCCUAACUUAGUUAUCUAACAUCUUGCUAACUGGUAGGGACUCUUUGACUAGUAGUGAAGAAGAUCACCUAGUCAACCAAACAAGUGAAAACCUUGAUCUAGGCUUAGAAACGUAAUGUAAACACUUUCAUUCAACAAACUGUCUCCUUUAUGCAAUAAACUCUUUUGGUGUCAAAUGCUGAAAUUAAGAAGUCUCUUACUUGAGUCAUCCACUGGAUGAUGUUCUUCAGUUAAUCUAGAAGAGUUUGCUUAACUUCAUCAAUUGGCUCUGUACACGUCUUAAAAGCUAAUGCAUGGACUAUUGACUAAACUGAAAUAGUUUAAGAUAUGCCAUUUGAAGUAUGACAGUUGGCCUGUUAUACAGCUGCUUUUUCUGGAUUUUCUAGAAGGUCUAGCUUGUUGGUGCACGAAAGUACGUACUGCAUAUGGUUCUUCAUUUUUUUUUCUAUGCAUCCUUUUCUAAUCCAAUACAUCCAAAUCCUGUAACUGGCUUAGCCACCAAAAGUAACUUGAUCUGAUAGCGAAUUAAAACUAACACUUUUUGGAUGUGCAAGUCCAAGAAAAAACAUCACUGUACUUAAAUUGUAUUUAUAGCCUUUGAGCUGAGAUUAUUUUUAGAACGGUCUCCAGAACCUUGUUUAACUACUUUAUAUAUAGAGAGAGCUUAUUCAUGCUCAGUGCGAAGCUGAAAUUGUGGAUCUGGUUUCAGUUUCUAACACUAAUAUUUUUACUUGCAGGUUUUUGGUGUAUAAUUUCCAAAACCUUUUUCUACAUCUUUGCUCUAUUUAGUCUUUUUGUAUUUUUUUUCUUUGCAAGCUGUACAUUUUAAAAUCACGUUUUCAUUCUGUAUUAUCCAAUGCCGUCUCAGGAAUUGUCCAACUGUGUAUAUUUCUGCACUUAAUAACUUUGAACUAAUUGCCUGUAUGUCAUGUGUGGCAUGUCCAACUCUAAGAUUCCCUUUAACCACAAAAUGCUACUUUUUUAUGUUAUAUGUAAUUAGUUUUGCUUUUGAAGAUGUCAGAUGGCCUGUUACUUCUGUAUUUAAGAUAGGGUUUUUGCCAAAAUAAAUCAUGUAAAUAAACUGUUUAAAACAA